CGCGCCCGGUCGCGGUCUCCUACAGGAGCCGCCGGCAAGGGGGCUACGAGGAAGCUAUUUGGAGCGUUGCCGGAGAGGAGAAGUUGAAAUUACAGAUAUCCUGUCAAAAUGAUUUCUUCAAAGCCCAGACUUAUCGUACCCUAUGGCCUUAAGACUCUGCUCGAGGGACUUACCAGAGCCAUUCUCAAAACUAAUCCACCAAACAUCACCCAGUUUGCAGCAGUUUAUUUUAAAGAACUUAUUGUUUUUAGAGAAGGGAAUACUUCUCUGGAUAUAAAAGAUCUGAUUAAACGUUUUCAUCAGAUUAAAGUAGAGAAAUGGUCAGAUGGAACGGUACAAGAGAAGAAACCAGAAUGUGUAGAAGAACCAGAAAGAACAUCUGUAGUUUCUGUAGAACCUACCCGGAUAGAAAAAUCUACAGACACAGAGGAGGACAAUGUAACUGGACCACUAGUUAGUAACAAAACCACUCAGUUUCCGUCAAUUCAUGCUGAGCUCCCAGAGUCUGGGGAGACAACCGAAGCAGUCUGUGGUACUUCCAAACCAACCACCCCUAAGGUCAGCACCCCUUCCUCAUCACCACUUCCAGCAGCUGUCUCACCAGAGUUUGCCUACGUCCCAGCUGACCCAGCUCAGUUUGCUGCUCAGAUGUUAGCAAUAGCAGCAAGCGCAGCAGGACAACCACCACCAUAUUCUAACAUGUGGACCCUUUAUUGUCUAACUGAUAUGAAUCAACAAAGUCGCCCAUCACCGCCACCUGCACCUGGGCCUUUCCCCCAAGCAACCCUCUAUUUAUCUAAUUCUAAGGAUCCACAGUUUCUGCAGCAUCCACCGAAAGUUACUUCUCCAACUUAUGUGAUGAUGGACGACGGCAAGACCAGUGCCCCACCUUUUAUUUUAGUUGGCUCAAAUGUCCAGGAAGCACAGGAAUGGAAACCUCUUCCUGGACAUGCUGUUGUUUCACAGUCAGGUGCCUUGAAGAGAUAUGCUGCAGUACAAGUACCCAUUGCUGUUCCUGCAGAUCAGAAAUUCCAGAAACAUAGCCCAAAUCCCCAGAAUGGUAGUCCUCCUACAAAUGGACAAGAUGCCCCCAGACCACAAAGCCCCAUUUUUCUUUCUGUUGCUUUCCCAGUAGAAGAUGUAGCCAAAAAAAGUUCAGGAUCUGGUGAUAAAUGUACUCCCUUUGGAAGUUACGGUAUUGCUGGAGAAAUUACCGUGACUACUGCCCAUGUUCGCAAAGCUGAAACAAAAAACUGGUAGGUAAAUUUUCCUACCAUAAUAUGUGGGCCUUAACAUACUUGAAUUUUUAGCAUUUUGGUUUACUGACAUCGAGAUUGAGAUAUUAAAAAAAUAAGUGAGUUGAGGUAUACUCUAAUUUGAUGUGGUAAUUGUUUCUAUCUUCCACCAUUAAUAAAUGCACAGCAGGUGCACUAUAUAUCACAAAUGAUUCACACCAGAGAUCUGGUGCCCAGUACAUGAAUGAAUCAACCAAUCAACUGGUUUUGAAUAUCUGGUCCUAUGUCUAACACUGGUAGAUGCUAAAAAAGGGAUGGAUUACUAAAAAAAAAAACUAGCUGGCAUGUUUAAGGAAUGGGGUGGAGCAGAGACAAGAACUGGGAACAGUCGGAUAGCAAAAAAAGAAGUGCUGAUCAUAUAUGGAGCACCCAAUCCAAGUGGUAAGAGACUGUAAAAUGGACAGGUUGGACACACUGAAGAGCUAAAGCAACAAUUGGAAUUAACUGUAGAUGAGUUUUAUCACUCAACCUUUUAAAAUUUUUUAUUCAACUAGUACUUAAUGCCAAGUCCUAUGCCAGUCCUUCCUCACCCAUGUGUGGACAAUAGUAAAACAUGGAGCCUACACCUUAGUCGGGGAGACAAAGUACAACAUGAAGUAUAAUGAAAACAAGGUAUUGACACUAGUAGGAGAGGAAGCCAGCGUUGCGAAGAGCUCAGGGACAGUGUCCAAGGGCAGGAAAGAGCACAGUGUUAAAGAGACUGCAAGUUGGCCAAAAUGAGACUGGCUGGGAGGAGCCAGGGGAGAGCAUGUAAGAUGAAGCUGGAGAUGAGAGAGGGGACCCCUGCAUACCAAAAGAGAUCUAGAUGGAAAGUUCAAUGGAAAGCCAGCACUAACGUGCUAAGCAGAAUGACAGAAUCAGAUUCAUGUUUCUAUUAUAUCCCUCUGGCUGCUAUGUGGAAUUGGACUAGAAGUCGGGGAGGUCAACAGAGAAAGCAGGGAGACUAAAGCCUUUAUUUAGCAUCAGGUAGAUUAUUUCAUAUUAACAUAUCUGAUACACUUGUUAUACACAUAUAUCGAGUGCAGUUACGUAAAACAAUUUGUGGGAAUUUUAAGCUAAAUGAGAAAUGGAUUUCAUUGAGAGAAAUGAACAAGAAAAUGAUUUCAUUCAUAGGCAGGCUCAAGUAUCACAGGUACUAAGGAAAGACAACGGUGUUCAAAAUAUCAGCGCUAUGUACAUUUCUUAUUCCCUCUUCCCACUUCUAGUGGAAUUGCCACAAUGGCAGUUUUCAGCAUGAAAUGCUAGGAUAUUUUAGUGCAAAAGCACAGGUUAAGAGACUUAGUAACAGCAGGAAGGUAGAACCUGCAUUUUUGAUCUUCCACUUGUUUCAUAUGUUUCAUGAUUAAACAAUUAUUCUUAACAGAUCCCGAAAA